AGCAGGUGGAACAGGUUGAUCCUGACGAGAUAGACACACCCACUUUCUGGUCGGUGCUCUGUGGAUAAAGAACCUCACCUGUCAGAAGGCAAACAAGGACACACACAAAGACACUCAAGAUGGAUAAAAUGGCAUCGUUUCUCGGAGACAAAGCCGGUGACUUUGUGGAAGGCAUGGUGAAGAACGCCCUCGGCGUAGAGGACAAGGACAAAGACAAGGACAGAGGGGGGGGGGGCUUUAUGUCCAUGUUUGGAGGAGGCAGGAGGGAUGACGACAGGAGAGAUGACGACAGGGACAAGAAGAAAGACGACAACGACGACAAGGGAAGCUUCUUCUCCAAAUUUCUUGACGGAGGCGACGAUGACAGGAAGCAGAAGCCAUCGGGCUUUCAUGGACUGUUCAACGAGCAGGACGGCCAGAGAGGACCAGGCGGAGGACCAGGCGCCGGUCUAAGUGGCGGAGGACCAGGCGCCGGUCUAAGUGGCGGAGGACCAGGCGCCGGUCUAAGUGGCGGAGGACCAGGCGCCGGUCUAAGUGACGGAGAUCUGUUUGACGACCUGAUGAGCGUGGCAGAAGAAACCUCCCAAAAUUAACCGUCCCCAGCUGACUGAAAAGCACAUAUCCUUGGACAGACUUCUUCUCCGUGUGGUCUUUGACAGUCCAGCUAAGCUGCGCUAAAAAUAACACAAUUGACCACCGUAGGGUAUCCUAUCGAGACAUUGUAGCUUAGCAUAGAAUAUAAAUGCCUCAGCUUAAAACAUGGUUUUUUUUACAUCUGGACACUGACGGAUCAAUUUGAAUGUUACACUUUUGUAAAUGAUGGAAUUCUAAAUAUAGUGCACACAUCUAAAACUUGUAAUGAGUCUCAUUUUACACCAUCCAUCCACUUUCUACCGCUUGUCCCUUUUGGGGUGGCCGAGGGGCUGGAGCCUGUCCCAGCUGCACUCUGACGGACGGCAGGGUGCACAAGCCUUCUCAAAUGGCGCAUCAUGCUCCAGACCACACGUUGAGAAGUCGUGGCAUUAAUCCUGACUUCCUCUUUCAAUUAUUAAAAAUAAAAUCUGCACAAAUUGUUUUAUUUUUGUUUCGUAGUUUUAUAUAUCGUGCUCCUGAG